AUGUUGAGUGAUCCCACCGACGGUGGGCUCUCGAACCUGGGCGCGUCUAGUACAGAACCAUCUUCCGACGCAAUCCAGACCUCUCGCGUGGUUAACUCUAAGAUCCGGAUUCCGCGCUUAGGGACCGCCCCCGUCGCCGCUCACCGCCAACGCACCGGCCGGGCAUGUGCUCUCUGUCAUCAGAGGAAGACCAAAUGUGACGGCCAAAAGCCUCAAUGUAAACAAUGCCGUCAAUUGGGUUUCCCAUGUACUUAUGUGGGGUCAAAGAGAGAACGACAAAAGUGGGCCCUGGAAUCCGUCCAAGCGAAGAUCCAGUCUUAUGAGUCCCUGUUGCAACGUAUCAUUACGGAGAGCAGCGAGGAUCCAUCCAAGUUCAAGCUGAUUGAAGAACUGAUCACGAGACACUUUGAGGGGGCACCGACGAUACUUACACCACUACUAGCGCUAGGGUCCCCUUCAGACCGAAGCCCGUUCCCGUCCAACCAUGGCCUAUCAUUGUACCGAAUGCUUGCCGCGUGGAUGUCCCAUGCCCGCAGUGAGACCCAGCCACUUGCGCAGAAGCCAGUCAUCCAGAUCACCGGGAUUCAUCGUUGGACCUUGCUGGCGAACAAUGACACGGCGAGCCAUCUAUUGUCACUUUACUUUAUGUGGGAGAAUCCGACCUGGCAACUGAUUGACAAGGAUUUAUUUGUCCGCGACCUCGAAAGUGGACACGGAAAGUUCUGUUCCGCAUUAUUGGUUACCGUAUUACUCUUUUUUGGCUGUAGCCUAUCAUACAAUCUAGAUAGGAUCACAGAUCGACGAGAAGAAAAGUUGCUUAGCAAGAAAUUAUAUGCCGAAAUACAGCGUCUAUGGGAGAUCGAAAAACGUAUCGAGAGUCUUGCCACUGCUCAGUCCAGCAUCCUGAUUGGGUUGCUCUGUUGCACGUUCGGCUUAGACAGAUUCGGCACCCAGUAUAUAAUGCAUGGCGCUCAACUAUGCCUAAAUCUAGGUCUUCAGCAUGAGCAUCCCUCAUACUUUUAUGACGACGCACCGGACGAAGAUGGACAGCUCGCCAAGUGUCAUAAGUUAGUUUCCUGGGCAGUGUAUGAUGUUCAAGGCAUUGCUUCUCAAGUUUACAGAAAGGUACCAGCCUGGAAAGAGCCCCCGUCCGUGAAAUUCUCCCCAGUUGAAGCGGCAGGAUUAGAUGCAGGUGUUGAAUGGAGUCCCUAUCCGUUCAUCACUCCUAUUUCCCAGCCAUUCUUCUUCACGGCGGCGUGCUUCAGGUCUGACCUCGUUACUAUAGUUCAUCACAUUGCCGAAUUUGCCCUCCGGUUUCCAGAUGCGGUCAUGGGCAAUGAUGAUUGGGAGUACGGCCACCAAUUACAUAAAAAACUGCUCCAAUGGAAGGCUACCCUGCCUCCUGUUCUUCUACUUGAACAAAAUACAACACCGCAUGUUAUCUGCUUACAUGAAUAUUACCAUGCAACGAUUGCAUCUCUGUGCCAAGUCUUCUGCGCAAACUUGGGCUCGACAGAUGGCCAGAUUCCGAAUCCAGAAGAGUUUGAUCCGUACACAAUAGUAUCGCAAGCGUUGGAUGCCAUAGGCUCCUUGAUAUUGCUAUUCAAACGCUGUCACGGGUGGAAGUCUCUACCGGUCGUCAUGCUGCACUAUUUCUGUGUCGCAGGGGUUCAUUCAGUCUCAAAAUUAAAUGCCCAUGAGCCAAAGUGGAGAUAUGUUCUAGAGGAUUGCGUGGUGGGCCUCUGGCACAUGAGUUUAGGGUGGGGCCGAUUAUGCACCGCAUUCCUUCGAACGAUCGAACUGGUCCUGAAGCAAAGCAAUCCGGACCCGUCUCUCGUGCCUUCUAGGGUUGCCGAGAUCCUCAGGCAACUAAACGAGGGCGAUCUGUGGACGGUGACAGACAUCUCAUCCCUGGCGGCCGACUAUGUAGUUCACCAAGUGGCCACUCAACCGGAGUCGAGUUCGAGCCCGUGGUCUGCUUACCGGUCCCAAGGACUGCAGAGUCUCAUCCAUGACAUGGAUAGCCUUUCCAUUAAUCUAAGCUCUGAAUCCCCGGAGUCCCUCUCAUCCGUCAAGGGGCCCUAUGACUCUCGCAGUUCCAAAGCCCCUGACAUGCGAGAUGCCGAAGAGAUUAUAGAUAGUUAA